ACAGACUGAGAAACAAUGGAUUCUGGGCAGCGCCGGAAGAAGAAGCGUGUCAGUACUGGUGCUUUCUCGCUGACCCGCUUCUUCUCCUUGAGGUCACUUCUUCUCUGCUUCUCCUUCUUCGUCUUCCUCUUCUUAUCCUCCGAUCGCUUCUCUAUCUCUAUUUCUUCCUCACCGUUUCGCCCCGCCAUUAUUACCUCUCACUUAUCGCUUUUGUCCUCUUCUGCAAGUCGUUCGGUUCUCGAUUUUCCUGACCCCAGAUUGCCCUUGAGAGUUGAAGAUCGGAUUGUUUUCCCUGACCAUGUGGUUUUGAUGGUGAGCAACAAAUUUCUCCGGCAGAGUCCAGAAUUGGAGUGUAUAUACUACAAGCUCUUCUUCAACGGUUCGACCGGCGAAGUUAAUAACCAGCUCGCCGACGUUUCUUACUCAGCCGGUGAUUGGGAUUCGCUGGUUAACCGGACUGCCCAGUCGUGGGACAAGGUGGUGUAUGAAGCGAUUUUGGAUGGUAAUACCACCGUUGUAUUUGUAAAAGGAUUAAAUCUUCGACCUCACAAGAUAUCGGAGCCAAACCGAUUCCUCUGCCACUUUGGGUUGAAGAAUUUGGGCAAAGAAAAUAACUUCUUGCUCACCACCAAAGCAGUUUCAGUUGCUCAGGAAGUGGUUAGGUGUUUGCUGCCACGGAGUAUCAGAAACAGCCCAGAAAAGGCUCAGGGAAUUCGGGUUACCGUCAGCCACUUGAGCGGCCAUAUAAGGCACCCGGUUCGCGAGCUCAUGUCAUCGGUGGCAAGAGUCCGCAGUUCAAGUCCUCGAGCUCAGAAGAGAAAAAGAAAGACAAAGAAGCAUGAGCUGUGUGCUUGCACUAUGGUGUGGAACCAAGCAUCUGCGCUCAGAGAAUGGAUUAUGUCUUCCUGGCUUGGAGUUGAACGAUGGUUCAUCUAUGACAACAACAGUGAUGAUGAUAUAGAGAAGGUUAGCCAGGAACUCGACCGUCAAGGGUAUAAUGUUAGCAGACAAACCUGGCCAUGGAUUAAGACUCAGGAAGCAGGCUUUUCUCACUGUGCUUUGAGAGCAAGAGAUGAGUGCAAGUGGGUUGGAUUCUUUGAUGUCGAUGAGUUCUUCUACUUCCCCAAUGAAUUUCAUCACCAGUUCGGUCAUGAUAUUCCUGGAGGGAACUCUCUGAAAUCAGUGGUGGCAAAUUUCUCAUCAUCAAAUAUUGCAGAGAUAAGAACAGCUUGUCAUAGCUUUGGUCCUUCUGGGUUGCGCUCACCGCCUAAACGAGGAGUGACUAUAGGAUACACAUGCAGGCUUCAGAGCCCUGAGAGACACAAAUCAAUAGUGAGGCCAGAUUUGCUCGACACUAGUCUUCUGAAUGUGGUGCACCAUUUUCAGCAGGAUGGAUACACGUAUCAGAACAUGCCUGAAGGUACUGCUAUAAUAAACCACUACAAAUAUCAGGUGGGGGAGACCUUCAAAGCCAAGUUCUUCAGAAGGGUUGCUACCUAUGUGGUUGACUGGCAAGAAGCAAACAAGGGAUCAAAGGAUAGAGCACCAGGGCUAGGAACAGAGGCCAUUGAACCACCGAACUGGCGGCGGCAAUUUUGUGAGGUUUGGGAUACUGGCUUGAAGGAUUUCCUUCUGUCUUAUUUUGCCGAUCCUGCAACAGGGGUUCUACCUUGGGAAAGGUCAUUCAUAUAAAGUAAGGGGACACUAAUCUAUCAGGGUCGUCGGGUACCCUUGUAAAGCACAAUAGUCAUAGCAGUAGGCAUUCAUUCUUUUCAUUGUUUUUGGGCGGAUUUUAGGCAACAGAAAUUUUGUUUCUUUCCUUUCUUUCACUUGAUUAAUGACUUCUAUAAACAUGAAACAUACUUCACAGUUCUCACACAGUUGUAUAUUAGCAGCAAUAUGAAUGGAUUCCUUCUUUUUUCCUUUUCA